GGAAGGUCUCAAAGCAGAUAUUCUAUGAGCGGAACUGUCCGUUUGAUAAUGUUUAUCAUUUAUGUCUUGUUUUUAUGUGGGACUCGAGUAGUUUAUUCCGAUUUAUGUCCAAGACAGUGUUUGCCGGGAUCCUGUUGCGAAGUUGAAGAAAAUGAUUUCAGAUGCUGUCCGUAUGCUAAUGGUGUAUGUUGUAGUGAUGGGAGAAAUUGCUGUCCUCAAGGGACAAAGUGUGAUUUGGAACCCGGUUAUUGUCGUUCUCCUAAUGGGACUGUGUUACCCUCCAAACAUAUAUCGGAGAGAGUAAUUGGUGACUUCAAAACUAGUACUUUGGAUAUGGUGCUUAGGAGACUAUCUACAGACUACAUUAUGUGUCCUGACCGCCAGUCAGUGUGCCAGGAUAACACUACAUGUUGCCCAAUGUCAGGUGAGAUAUGGGGUUGUUGCCAACAUGCCAAUGCUAUUUGCUGUCCAGAUGGAGAACAUUGCUGCCCUCAUGGUUCAGUCUGCGAUAUGGUGCAUCGCUCAUGUAAACCAGCUAACUCCAAUGAAAUCCCAGAGAUAAAAGAAUCUUCCCACACCUUACACCUUGUAUCAGCAUCAGCUCCUGCACGUCUCAACCCAAAUGUCAACCCAUCUAAAGCAGGCUGGAGAAAAAAGAUUCAUAAACUGUCAGCCAAGUAUUUACUAGCUUAUUCUGGUGUCGUAUGUCCAGAUCCAUUAUAUGAAUGCCCAGCUAAUACAACUUGUUGUCCUAGUCCAGAUGAAACAUGGGCAUGUUGCCCUAUUCCUCAAGCUGUAUGUUGCAGUGAUGGAGAACACUGUUGUCCUGAAGGUUAUCAAUGUGAUUUAUCUGUUGGAGAGUGUAUAAAACGUUCUAAAUCAUCAAAUGAAUUGAAAACGUUUUUACCAAAUAUUAGUUUAUCAUCAUUAUCAACAAAAAUUAAAGAUAAUAAUCGUUGUCCUAAUAGUGAUGUUUAUUGUGAAGAUAAUUCAACUUGUUGUAAACAUGAUCAAGAAUGGGGUUGUUGCUUGUUCUCAAAUGCAGUCUGUUGUUCCGAUGGUAUUCAUUGUUGUCCAGCAAAUACAGUUUGUGAUUUGAAAGCAGAAAUGUGUAUUGGUGAAUCAAGUGAUAUUGUCACUAAACUACAAUUGAAAUCUAAACCUAAAUUUAAUUCAUUCAAAUAUAAUUCACGUAUUAGUAUUUGCUCUGAUAUGAAAUCAGUUUGUAUUAAUGGUACAUGUUGUUCCAAUAAAAAUGAUCAAUUAUCAACACUUUGUUGUCCUUAUGAAAAUGCCGUUUGUUGCAACGAUGGUGAACACUGUUGCCCAAAGGGUACAACAUGUGAUAUGGUCAAUGGUGGUUGUAUUGUUUCACAAGAAGAUUUAUCAAAAUCUAAUUCUGUUCCAUUGCUUACCAAGAUCUCAGCUUUACAUGUUACUUCCAAAAAUAACACACAAUCUACUGUUUUCACUCAAGUUUGUCCUGGUGGUAAAGCGAAAUGUCCAGAUAGUGCAACAUGUUGUAAAUUAUCUAGUGGGGAAUAUGCAUGUUGUCCAAUUCCAAAUGCUAUUUGUUGUACCGAUGAUAUUCAUUGUUGUCCAUCAGGAACUUCAUGUGACUACAAAACUCUGUCAUGUAUAAAAACGGACAAUGGUCAUUCAAUUGGAAGCCCAACAGCUAAUGAAUUAUUACAUAAUCCUGGAUUGUUGUUUACUGGAGUACGUGAUCAUGUUUGCCCUGGUCAUCAAUCUACAUGUGCUGAUGAUCAAACUUGUUGUCCAUUGCCUGAUAAAUCAUGGGGUUGUUGUCCACUGAAAAAUGGUAUUUGUUGUGGUGAUCAUCUUCACUGUUGUCCAGCUGGUUCAAUUUGUGAUUUAGAUACAAAACAGUGCAUUUUACAAAUUGAAUACAAUCAAUCUACCACAAAAAUAGUUGAUGAUGGGUUUACUAUGCACAAAGCUAAUCAAAAAUUAUCAGAUAGUUUAUAUUCACAACCAGUAGAAUCUAUUAGUACUAUUGAUACUUUUAUACAAGCAAAGUGGUGUGGAGCAUGUGGUGACACUUGGGCUUGUUGUCCAGAUGUUACUUUUACUUCAUGGUCAUGUUGUCCUUAUGUAGGCGUAAGUUACAAUGAUAAUUUUAAUUGGAUUAUUAUAUUAUAUUGAUAGGUCUUGCUACCGAAACGCUUAAACUGUCUUCCCAGUUACUUCCGAUAAUUUAAAGUUACUUCUACACAUCAACUGGAAUACUAGGGAGAGAAGACGCGAAUUUGAAUAAAAGCUUUACUUCAAGGUUAGUUUAUGCUAUCGACCGAGUUGCAAUAUCAGUCAGUCAGCUACAACGUAGGACCAGACACAUAUGUGCAUCGGUCCAAGUUGCUAUACCUCAUUAACACAACAAAAUGGACACCGGAUUCAUAAAAGUAGUUAAUUCAGAGGUGGUAAUAUAUAAAAGAAAGAUUGCAAUAAGGAUAUAGUACAAGAAGAAAGAAUUAGCUCGUAGAAAGAAAGAAAUGAAACGAUUUUAAUCGCUUAGUUUAAGGGAAGACAGGGAGUGUAUACACCGACGCCAUUGUGAUCGAUUCUGAGCCAUGUUACCAAGAGUCUCCAACCAUUGAUUACGAAAGUCACGCGGACCCCAAUCAAGUAGUCUGCAUCUACCAACAUGGCUCAGACUAGAGGUUAGUGACUUCAAGCACUGAUGCCACGUUUUGGUUUGGCCGCCCCUUUCUUCCAACCAUUUCCGACACCGGUUAGCCUUGCACGUCGUGGUAGUCAGUGUUCGGGCAUACGCAACACAUGACCAAACCAUCUCAGUCGAUGAAGAUUCACAACCUCAUCAACUGAUUUACCAUCAUUCCCUAAUACCCUGCAUUUAACCUCACUAUUACUUACCUGGUGAUCCCAGCAGACGCCAGCAAUAUUUCUUAGGCAUCUGUGGUCAAAUACCACUAGCUUAUGAGUAUCUUCUACUCUUAAAGGCCAUGUUUCACUGCCGUAAAUUAAAACAGAACGGACUGCCGCGUAACAUACUCGUCCUUUUAUUGAUAGACGAAUAUCUCGCCUUCGCCAAAGGUGACGUAAGUUAGCAAAAACCAAACGAGCUUUUCGAAUCCGUGCAAUAUAGCCACUAGUUUAGGUGAUUCGACAUUUCGUGCACUGUGUUGUGAUAAGAUGGUGGUUGGAGGUAGUCAACAGGAAUCCCUGGGCCUAGGUUUCGUGCUGUUUGGCACUCGUCAGCAUGGUUUACCUGUAAUCUUGAGGGAACUGGUGCUUCCUGACAGAUUCGACCCCGUGUCACCCAGCUUCAUAGUCAGAGACGUUAACCCGAAUUAUUUUCAUCUUUAAUGGAUUUUGAUGAAUAGUUAAUUAAUAUCAGUUCACUGUCUAUGAAAUAUCUAAAUUAUGUAUGUGUUCUACAUGUUUUAACUCAAUUAUGUAGUACUUAAUUGGUUUGUGUAGACUGUAGGAAUUUCUAUUUUAUUGUUAAUUUAGGGAGAAUGUUGUAUUGGACAAAAUACUUGUUGUCCUCCUGGAUCACGUUGUUUAAAUAAUGGGAAAUGUGAAAAGAUCCAAAAGAAUAUCAUCAAAUCAUCAGCACCUACUUUAAUACCAUCUAUUUCGAUGAAUAACAAUAUACAAAGACCACAUUUCAUUAAACAAAAUAAUGAAAAAGAAAACUUCCAGAUAGAAAUGUCCAACAGUGCUAAACCUGCUCAAAGGAAUAUUCUUCUUCUUGUUCGUCAUUAUCGACGUCUUAAACGACAAUUGCAUACAAUUUGUCCUGAUUCAUUACACUAUUGUGGUAAAUCUGAACAAUGUUGUCUUUCGAAUAAAUUUGGUUAUACUUGCAUACCGAAUGAGUCCAUAUGUUGUGAAUCUAGUAUGAAUACUUAUUGUCUAAUAUCCAAGGAUUGUUCUCUAGACGGAAAAUUCUGUGUUGAUAAGUAUUAGUUUCAUUAUUAUCAUAGUUAUUUAUAAUUGGAUGAUUAUCAUUCUAUAUAUAUGUGUGUGUGUGUGUGUUUAUGGAUUAUUACAAAUCUUGCCAUUAUUAUAAAUUUGAAUUUGUAACAUCUCUUAUCCAUGUUACUAUUUGUGAUUCUAUUCAAUUUUCAUUAUAAUUACUGUUUAAUAUUUUUCUAUUGUUAAGAUAUUUUCAUCUAUUUAUUAAAUAAAUUUCAUUUUGUGCUCUUU